GACCUCCAUUAUUCCAAUGAGAAUUUAUUCCUGAAUAUUAUAAAACAUCCAACAGGCCGCCGGAGAGGCUUUCAUUUUGAAACCUGUCCUCGGAAGUCAUAUUUUCCGGCUUUAAUGAUGCGAGCAGUGAACGGAGUGAAUCCGCUGCCUGGCUGUAAAUAACCGCAGAAAAACGGUAAUUAUCAGUGUAGUGAGCGGAGGAGAGAUGGACCGACACCGUGAAGUGCUGGAUGUCCUUUCAAACCCUGAAACGAAGCUGCGAACAGAAGCUUUACCUUUAGAUGUGCGAAAAGUGAUUGUUGGUGAAGAAGAGCAGCAGGAGAGGAGCUCCAGUCUGGACCAGGAGGACCCAGAACCCCCACACAUUAAAGAGGAACAGGAGGAACUCUGGACCAGUCAGGAAGGAGAGCAACUUCAAGGGCUGGAGGAGGCUGAUAUCACCAAGUUCACAUUCACUCCUGUCCCUGUGAAGACUGAAGAUGAUGAAGAGAAACCUCAGUCCUCACAGCUUCAUCAAAGACAAACUGAACAGAUUAAAACAGAAGCUGAUGGAGAGGACUGUGGAGGAUCAGAACCUGCCAGGAACUCAGAUCCAGAUAGACAUUUACAAUCUGAUACUGAUGACGAGACUUCAGACUCUUCUGAACCCAACACCGAUGACAGUGAGACUGAGACCGAAGACAGUGAUGAAUGGAAGGAGACCAGUGAACCUCAGUCAGGUUUAAAGUCUCAUAUUAGUUGUAAUGAGUUGAAAUCAUUCAGCUGCUCCGAGUGUGGUAAAAAGUUUAGCCAAAAGGGACACCUGAUCAUACACCGGAGAAUUCACACAGGGGAGAAACCUUUCAGUUGCUCAGUUUGUGGUAAAAGAUUAGUAUGCAAGGGGUCUCUUAGGAGACAUAUGAGAAUUCACACAGGAGAGAAACCUUUCAGUUGCUCAGUUUGUGGUAAAUCUUAUACUCAGUCAGGUCUGAAAUACCACCUUAAAACUCACACAGGAGAGAAACCCUUUAGUUGCUCAGUUUGUGGUAAAAGAUUUGUAUGUGAGGGGUCUCUUAGGAGACAUAAGAGAAUUCACACAGGAGAGAAACCCUUUAGUUGCUCAGUUUGUGGUAAAAGAUUUUUAUACAAGGGAUCUCUUAGGAAACAUAUGAGAAUUCACACAGGAGAGAAACCCUUUAGUUGCUCAGUUUGUGGUAAAUCUUUUACUCAGUCAGGACUGAAAUACCACCUUAAAACUCACACAGGAGAGAAACCUUUCAGUUGCUCAGUUUGUGGUAAAAGAUUUGUAUGCAAGGGGUCUCUUAGGAGGCAUAAGAGAAUUCACACAGGAGAAAACCCAUUUAGUUGCUCAGUUUGUGGUAAAAGAGUCAACCAGAAGGUGACUCUGCAGCUACACAUGAGAAUUCACACAGGAGAGAAGACAUUUAGCUGCUCUGAAUGUGGUAAACAAUUUGGCUUCAAAAGAUAUCUCCAGGGACACAUGAGAAUCCACACAGGAGAGAAGCCAUUUAGCUGCUCCCAUUGUUGUUUUAGAUUCAACAAAAAGGGAAAUCUGCAGAGACACAUGAGAAUCCAUUCAAGAGAAACCAUUUAGCUGCUCUGUUUGCGCUAAAAAGAUUUAUACAGAAGUUACAUCUGUCAAGCUACCUGGCUGUCCACAAAGGGGGGGAAACAGUUUAAUUGCAGUGUUU